GGUGCUCUUUCCCCCCCGUAGGUUUUACUGUAGUUGACAUGUUAGCCUGUUUCUCUGUUGGACACUCCUAGCGUGGAUCUCAUUGCUCUGCUGGUUACUUCAAGUCCCCUCAGAAGGAAACCAUGGCCGAACAGGCCGCGGGAUCCCCGCCCUCGUCCCGGCAUGACGACGAGCUCCAGCAGCGAGAGGAGGCCCUGGAGCGGCAGAGGGCCGAGUUCGGCAAACUCAAGCAGCAGCUCGAGGCCGAGUUCAACCAGAAGCGAGCCAUAUUUAAAGACCUCUACAUGACCAAAGAAGUGGAGCUAAAGAGGCAAACGACGGCCCUGGAGGCCGCCCAGGCUGAGCUGAGCGCCAUCCAGGCCGAGCUGUCUCAGGCCCAGGGCGAGAUGGAGACCAUCAAAGCAGUGGCCACCGUGUCGGAGAACACCAAGCAGGAGGCCAUCGACCAGGUCCGCAGCCAGUGGCAGGAGGAGGUGGCCUCGCUGCAGGCCAUCAUGAAAGACACCGUCUGCGAGUACGAGGUCCAGUUCCACCAGCGUCUGGAGCAGGAGCGAGCCCAGUGGGGCCAGUACCGGGAGGCCAUGGAGAGGGAGGUGGGCGACCUGAGACGCCGGCUCACUGAGGGCCAGGAGGAGCAGAAUCUGGAGAACGAUAUGAAAAAAGCUCAGGAGGAUGCAGAGAAGCUUCGCUCGGUGGUGAUGCCCAUGGAGCAGGAGAUCGCCGCACUCAAAGCCAAGCUGACAACAGCCGAGGACAGAGUCAAGGAACUGGAGGCGUCUAAGGUCAAGGAGCUCAAUCACGUUCUGGAGGCCGAGAAGUCUUGCCGCACGGACCUGGAGAUGUACGUGGCGGUGCUCAACACGCAGAAGUCGGUACUGCAGGAGGAUGCAGAGAAACUGCGCAAAGAGCUACAUGAAGUGUGCCACAAAUUGGAGCUGGAGCGUCAGCAGCACAACCAGCUCAAGCACACGUGGCAGAGAGCCAACGACCAGUUCCUGGAGUCCCAGCGCCUCCUCAUGAGGGACAUGCAGAGGAUCGAGAGCGUGCUCUCGUCAGAGCAGCUCCGGCAGGUGGAGGAGAUGAAGAAGAAAGACCAGGAGGAGGAUGAGAAAGAAAGGCUGAGCCAAGUGAAGGAUCUCCACGAGGAAGAUGGCGGAGACAACACGGAGCCCCUGGAGGAUUUAUUCCUCGGUCUCAGCGUCGAGGAGACGCCGACCAACCUCAGCGCCCACGGCUCCAUGCACUCCCUGGACGCUGACUUGGUGACGGGGGGCCUGGCGGACCCUUACAAGGACAACUUGCGAAGAGUCCAGUCGACAGACAGCCUCGGCUCCUCGCUAUCUGCCCAACAGGGCCUGGGCGGUCAGAACCACAAGGCCAAGUCAGCCAGCCACUUGGACGAGUCGGACUUUGGGCCCUUAGUGGGGGCCGACUGCGGGGUCGGGGACAGUAGUUUUGGCGAGACCUCAUCCAUCAGCUCCAUAAAGCUCACAGCCAGCCACUUCCUGCUGACAAAAGACCAGGAGAAGGCCAUUAAAGCCAUGACGCCCGAGCAGGAGGAGACGGCGUCAUUGCUGUCCAGCAUCUCGCAAGCCCCCGACACUGCUUAUCUACCUCCUUCAGGCUACCGGCUGGUCAGCGACAGCGAAUGGAACCUGCUACAACAAGAGGUGAAGAACGCCGGCAGGAAGUUGGGCCGUCGUUGCGACAUGUGCUCCAACUACGAGAAGCAGCUGCAGGUUCUCCAGAAACAAGAGGCCGAGACGCGAGAUCAGGUGAAGAAACUGCAGGCGAUGCUGCGUCAGGCCAACGAUCAGCUGGAAAGGACGAUGACCGAGAAACAGAACCUGGAAGACUCUGUCAAGACGGGAAACGAGGAAACUUCCGCUAAGGUGGCCGCCCUCAUGCAAAGAGUCCAGGAGUCGGAGACGCUGCUCGGCACGCUACAAGAGGCCUUCAGUGACGCUAAGAGGAACACACAGGAACAGAUGGCUGUGCUGGUGCAGUCGAGAGAGCAAGUGGCAGACGAGCUGAGCCGACUACAGCGGGACAACGAGAGCCUGCAGGGAAAACACCGUCUCCACACAGAGCUGCAGCAACAAGAAAGCUUCACCAUGCCCAGCACUGUGCAAGACCUCCAGUCCAAGGUGUUGCAGCUGCGGGAGGACACGGUGGGGCUGCGGACAUCCGCCGACCACAUGGAGGAGAAGCUGAAGGCGGAAAUUCUCUUCCUUAAGGAGCAGAUCCAGGCAGAGCAGUGCCUCAAGGAGAACCUGGAGGAUACGCUACAGCUGGAGAUCGAGAGCUGUAAGGAGGAGAUCGCGUCGUUCUCCAGUUUGAAGACGCAGUUGGAGCAGACAAAGGCAGAGAAGGAGCAGUUGCGGAGCAGGUUAGCGGAAAAGACAGAGACACUGGAGAACAUCCAGGCCUUGAGGAUGAGUCUUGAGCAGCAUCUUAAAGAGCUCAGUGCAGUCAAGGGCGCGCUAGAGAGUCAGGUGUUGGAAGAGAAGGACAAAGCCCAGCGCUUGCAAACGGAGCUGGAUGUCAGCGAGCAGGUCCAGAAGGACUUUGUGAAGCUUUCUCAGACCCUUCAGGUCAAGCUGGAGCGAAUACGGCAGGCCGACUCGUUGGAUGGAAUCCGAUUAAUCCUCAACGACACCAACUUGACUGAUAUCAACCAGCUUCCGGAGACAUGAUAGCACAUCCGUGCACAUGGACUGCCUUCAGAAUCACAUUCCCGCCCCUCGCCACCUCUUUCUCCAUCCCAACUAACAUUAUUGAUCUGAUACUUCCAAGCCCCGCCUCCUCCAUCCUCCAUAACCAGUGACGGCACGAGGAGCCCACGGCCUUUUUUUAAUUACUUUUUUUUGUACAUUCAAUCACAAUGGAGACUAUGAAGAACACUAAUAAAACAUGUAAAGACUACAUGUGUGUGUAUGAAAGUCUCCCUGUGGAUGUUCCUACUGUAGAUAGAACUAUUAACUAACUUUUAUUUGUCCAAUGAGCUCAACCAAAAAAAAAAAAGUUUGUUGUCAUCUAAAAGUAUCUCUUUUUUGUCAGAUUGGUUCAUCAUUGUUCAACUCACCUUUUUCUGGCUAUUUGUAUGUGACAUUUUCACCACCUGUACACAACCUUAUAACACAAGGCGAAGGAAAUACUUUGGCAAUGUCAAAAACCUGCACAUAACUCACCGUGAUGAAUGCAAAAAGUUGUGCGAGCUGCUGUGUUGUGCUUUUCUGAAGCUCCUUUUUUCUUUUUAAAUAUGCAAAAAUACAGUGAAGAAACACACAUUUGCCAUUUGUGGUUGUAUUCCUUUACUUUGACUUGUUCAUUUGUUUUGGAAUUUUUUUUGCAAUAAGAUUACAUGUUAAACCUAAAAUUAAUUUAUAAUAACUGGAAUAAUAUUGAGUAUUGUUAAAAAAUACCUAAUUCAUAGUUUCAAAUACUAACUUGGUCAAUAAAAUAUCGACU